GUCAAAAAUUAUUAACCAAAUCUUUUCUGAAAACGAGUGCACGCGUUUUCCCGGAGCUCUUUCUACGUUCGGAACAUUUUGUCUUGGAUCCGUGUUAGUUCCUCUGGUUCCGGUUUGUAUUUUUCUCAACAAGCGUGAUAUUUGUGCGACAACGAUGGUAGCGAAAACGGUAGCCAAGGGCCCACGGCCACAGGGACAAGCUUACAAGGAUAAAAGCAAACCGGCUGACAUCCGCCAGAGUAACAUCAAUGCAGCGAAGGCUAUCGCUGAUGCAAUUCGUACCAGCCUGGGACCUCGCGGAAUGGAUAAGAUGAUUCAAUCGGGCAACGGUGAAGUCACAAUCACCAACGAUGGAGCCACUAUUCUUAAGCAGAUGAACGUGAUCCAUCCGGCAGCGAAAAUGCUGGUUGAACUGUCCCGUGCCCAGGACGUACAAGCUGGUGAUGGUACAACUUCCGUUGUGAUUGUGGCGGGAGCCCUUCUGGAGGCUGUAGAAAAAUUGCUGGGAAUGGGAAUUCAUCCGACAGCAAUCUCCGAUGCCUUCCAGCGCUGCUCGACCAAGGCGGUUGAGAUACUGACCGAAAUGGCACGACCGAUUGAGCUGAGUGAUCGCGAGUCGCUCGUUAAGAGUGCAUCCACUUCUUUGAACUCGAAGGUCGUUUCGCAGCACAGUAGUCAGCUGGCUCCUAUUGCGGUGGAUGCGGUUCUGAAAGUCACCGAACCUGGUCGCGAGGCCGGUGUGGAUUUGAAGAACGUGAAAAUCAUUCGUAGCCUCGGUGGUACCAUUGAGGACACAGAACUUAUCGACGGUCUAGUGUUUACUCAACGCUCAGCUGGAAUCAACGGACCUAAGCGAGUUGAGAAGGCUAAAAUUGGUUUGAUUCAGUUCUGUAUUUCGGCUCCGAAAACUGAUAUGGAUCAUAGCAUUGUAGUAUCCGAUUACGCUGCGAUGGACCGCGUUCUUAAGGAAGAACGUGCCUACAUUCUGAACAUCGUAAAACAGAUCAAGAAGUCCGGUUGUAAUGUUCUGCUGGUUCAGAAAUCCAUUCUCCGUGAUGCUAUUUCCGAUCUAGCGCUGCACUUUUUGGACAAGAUCAAAGUGAUGGUUGUGAAGGAUAUCGAGCGUGAAGACAUCGAGUUUGUCUGUAAGACACUGAACUGCCGCCCGAUCGCUUCUUUGGAUCAUUUCCUUCCAGAGCAUUUGGUAAACGCUGAUCUGGUUGAAGAAGUUUCCAGUGGAACGAGCAAAUUUGUGAAGUUCACUGGUAUCCAAAAUAUGGGCAGAACAGUUUCCAUCGUUAUUCGAGGUUCGAACAAACUGGUUUUGGAGGAGGCAGAUCGGUCGCUUCAUGACGCUCUAUGUGUUGUCCGUUGUUUGGUUAAAAAUCGUGCUCUAAUUGCCGGCGGUGGAGCUCCAGAGAUCGAAAUGGCACUUCAGUUGGCUGCUCACGCACAAACUCUGGGCGGUGUCGAUGCGUACUGUUUCCGUGCCUUCGCCAAUGCCCUGGAAGUGAUCCCAUCAACACUGGCCGAAAACGCAGGACUGAAUCCAAUUGCAACGGUCACCGAGCUGCGUAAUCGUCAUGCCCAGGGAGAGAAGAAUGCCGGCAUCAAUGUACGUAAAGGGGCGAUUACCGACAUCCUCGCGGAGAAUGUGGUCCAACCAUUGCUGGUAUCAACCUCGUUAAUUACGCUUGCUUCGGAAACCGUUAGGUCGAUUCUUAAAAUCGAUGACAUCGUCAACACCAUGCAGUAAGCUAGGUGGUAUUAUAAUUCCUUUCACUCAUCGAGAUUUCCCUUUUUUGCCCCCAUCGCACCAAACUAAUUGCUUUCAUUUAGCACUUCAACAUUAAUAACUCUAUGAUACUGAUAAAAUAACAAUAAACAUUUACACUGUAAA